AUGAAAGAGACCAGAUUCCAGCCCAAUAUUAUAAUAACAGGUACUCCCGGCUGCGGCAAAACCUCUCAUGCUGAAAGUUUGGUAUCCCUGCUUGGCGAAGGAUACAAACACUACAACAUUAGUGCCUUAGCAAAGGAACGGAAAUGUUUUCUGAGCUACGAUGAGGAGUUUGAUUCUCACAUUGUGGACGAAGAUAAGCUCUUAGACUCUCUUGAGCCAGAUUUACGAGAAGGUGGUGCUGUUGUAGAUUGGCAUUGUUGCGAUAUCUUCCCUGAAAGACUCAUUGACUUGGUUGUAGUCUUGAGAACAGAUAAUUCUGCAUUGUUUGACCGAUUAAAGAAGCGUGGCUACAAGGAUAAUAAAAUUCAAGAAAACUUGGACUGCGAGAUAAUGGAGGUUGUGUAUCAGGAUGCAAUCAAUGGAUAUGUUCCAGAAAUUGUCAUUACCUUGACCUCUAACAGUGUUGAAGAAUUGGAGGACAAUGUCGAUAGAAUCUCGGCAUGGGUGGAAACUUGGGUCAAAGACCAUCCUCAAGGAGUGACAAAUGAACUUGACCCCGAUAUGGUCAGAAGUGAAGAUGAAGAUAUGGAGUAG